AUGUCUUUCCAGGACCGCACUCCCGAGUCACUUGUCCAGAGGUCAGACUCGAAGAACCCGGCAACGACAUGUCGAGGCAUUACAUCAGGUGGAAAGCCAUGUAGAAGAUCACUUGCAUCUUCGCCCAAGUCUUCACCCAAAACAUCACCGACUGCUGCUCGGCACACUGCCUCGAGAGGUGUCGUUGCUGUUCUUGAAGACGGUGAUGGAAAUCUGGAUGCGGCUGCCUUCUACUGCUGGCAACACAAGGACCAAGCCCAAUCAUUUGCUCAGAAAUACUCAACCUCGCCGCAUGCUGCGAAUGCAAAAUUAUUACCCGUUCAGGAGAGAACAAGUAUCGAUAGUCUUGUCGCCAGGUUGGGAGUUGCGUCCAUUCAGGAUCCACCAAAGCCUGCAAGACACCCUCGUGAGGAUCGCAGACGACCAACACAACUUACCCAGCAAUACUCGAGGCCGAGCGAAAGGCCGUCAGCAAGACCGCAAGUACACAGGAAGCCCAAGUCAAAGCCAGGAUUCUGGGCAUCAUUGUGUUGCAUGGGCGAUGCGGACGAUGAUGAAGACACCGGACGGCCCAACUACCAGGCGCCACAGACAGAGACAACACAAGUCUCAAAUCCAUCAACACCAGUAUAUGCUCUACCCACUCACUCUCGACCUACACCGUACAACCAAGACGCUGGCCGUCCCCAAAACCCGACUCCCCUGCCCCACGCGGCCUCAUCCACCGGCCUACCACCACGCAAACCUCUUCUAGACGUCCCCGCCCCAUCACUAAAUAAACGCCGUGCAGCCUCCGCCCCAACCAGCGCCACAGAACUCCUCCCCUUCAUCCCAGGCCACCUCCCACCCCAAACCGCCUCUGUCCUGCUCACCGAACUCUCCAAACCAAUCUCUCCCCACGAUGAAGCCGGCUACAUAUACAUCUUCUGGCUAACAGAAACCUCCUCGACACCUUCAAACGACACCGCAGCCUCACUACUCUCCGCACCAAAGACAUCUGCACGGGGCCAACAAAGACGACCCAGCGAUGUAAUGAGCGCUUAUACUGCAAGCAAAGGAGCAACCCCCACGAUCAAAUUGAAGAUCGGCAGGGCGAACAAUGUGCACCGUCGCAUGAACGAGUGGAACAGACAGUGUGGCUACAAUCUCAGUCUCGUUCGAUUUUACCCCUAUGUCUCUUCAUCAUCACCAUCACCUUCUCCUUCACGAGGAACACCUGCAAAUAACUCGAAUCAUCAAGUUCACAAAGUCCCCCAUGCACAUCGCGUGGAGAGACUGGUGCACCUGGAACUGGGAGACAAGAGGAUCAAACGCGAUUGUCAAGCCUGUGGUCGCGAACACAAGGAAUGGUUUGAGAUUGAGGCAACGGCAGAAGGCGUGGCUGCUGUAGAUGAGGUUGUGAGGAGAUGGGUGAAAUGGGCAGAAACCAAUCCAUAG